AUGUCGCUGAGCCCAAAGCACACGACACCUUUCUCAGUGACAGACAUUCUCAGCCCCAUAGAAGAGACGUACAAGAAGUUUAGUGGCAUGGAGGGAUCUGGGAACCUGGCGUCUCCGUUGGGAGCUUACCGGCAACCUCAGGUGUCCCAGACGGGCAUGCAACAACACUCGAUGGGCCACAACGCCACGAUGGCCAGUACCUACCACAUGCCCCAUACCGUCUCCCAGUUCUCCCACAGCGCCAUGGGCAGCUACUGCAACGGAAGCAUUGCCAACAUGGGCGAUCUGCCCUCUUACCAAGAAACUAUGAGGAGCAGUGCGGCGGCAACCGGGUGGUACGGCGCCAACCCCGACCCAAGAUAUUCAACAAUUUCUAGAUUCAUGGGACCUUCCACAGGUAUGAACAUGAGCGGAAUGGGAACGCUGAGCGGCAUGGCGGAUGCGACCAAAGCCAUGACCCCGCUGCACGCGGCGCCCAGGCGGAAGCGACGUGUCCUCUUCUCUCAAGCCCAAGUCUACGAGCUCGAGAGAAGGUUUAAACAGCAGAAGUACCUAUCAGCACCCGAACGGGAGCAUCUGGCCAGUAUGAUCCACCUGACUCCCACUCAAGUGAAGAUCUGGUUUCAGAACCACCGCUACAAAAUGAAGCGGCAGGCCAAGGACAAGGCGGCGCAGCAGCUGCAGCAGGAGAAUAACAUGUGCCAGCAGCAGCAGUCACCCAGGCGGGUGGCUGUACCCGUGCUGGUCAAGGAUGGCAAGCCAUGCCAGAACGGCUCUAACACUCCGACACCCAGCCAACAGCAAAUGCAGCAGCAGCAACAACAUCAGCAACAACAGAACAGCUCUGGGGUCGUACUUCCUGCCACAAGUAACUCUAUAAAUCAGCACCAGAGUCAGCAGGUGGGAGCCCUGGUACAGGCCCAAGACCUUGAGGAAAUGUCACCCAGUCCUCCAUCCCUCCACUCCUCACUAAACAACAUGGGACAGAUAGACACGUCUGUAGAUUACACUAGCAACAUGGUCACAUCAAACCUGCUUUAUGGCAGGACGUGGUAG